UUUAAAGCCUACGUGCAGGCAGACAUGCACAUUCCCUGGUAAAGAAGGAAAGUUUCCUGAUCCAUUGAAAAACAAGAACUCCUGCUGGAGCCGGUGGAGGUGACGAUGCUCCUGAAAGGCUUGUGUCUGGCUCUUCUCAUCCCGGCCCUGGUGCAGGCUCAGUAUGAGAAGUACAGCUUCAAAAGUUUCCCUCAGAAGGACAUCAUGCCGCUGGACUCUUCAUACAACUACGCGCUGGAGCAAUACGGGGUCGAGAACUGGGCAGAGAGCAUCAAGUUCCUGGAGCUCAGCCUGCGGAUCCACCGGCUGCUGCGGGAAAGCGAGGCUUUCUGUAGCCGCAACUGCAGCUCCGUGAGCCGCGACAACGACACCCUGUUCACCGACAGCAGCCUCCGCGUCGUGCGCCACAUCCUACUGAGGGCUGCGUGCCUUAAAAAGUGCAAGGCGGAUUUCCCAGUGUUCACCCUCACAUAUCCACGGAGGGAUUUACUUGAAUCUUUCGAGAAAAGGGUACCGUAUCGGUACAUGCAGUACGCACACUACAAGCUGAACAACCUGGAGAAGGCUGUGUCCGCUGCUCACACCUUCCUGAAGAAGAACCCAAAUGAUCCCUAUUUGACUAAGAACAUGAAACACUACGAGACGCUGGUUAAAGUGCAAGAAUAUCUCAUCGACCACGAGGAGCAGCCGUAUGAAAGUGUGUUCCUGAAGAGUGUGACGCUUUACAACAGCGGAGACUUCAGCAGCAGUGCCCAAAACAUGGAGCAGGCCGUCACGCAGUACUUAGAAAUAUACAGUCUCUGCUCGGCCGGCUGUGAAGGCUCAUAUGAGAUCGUAGAGGUCAAAGACUUUUAUCCCACCCUGGCAGACCUCUACACUGAUGUGCUGAAAUGUAAGGUCAAAUGCGAAGAGUUCCUGACACCCAACGUGGGAGGCUUCUUUGUGAAGAAGUUUGUCGCCACCAUGUAUCACUACCUCCAGUUUUCCUAUUAUAAAUUGAAUGAUGUAAAGAACGCUGCUCCAUGUGCAGCCAGUUACAUGCUGUUUGACCGUAAAGACCUGGUGAUGCAACAGAACGUAGCGUACUAUCGCUUCUACAGGGAGCAGUGGGGACUGGAGGAAAGUGACUUUCAGCCUCGGCCCGAGGCCGUGAAGUACUUCAACGAGACAACCAAGCAGAAAGAGAUGCUGGAGUUCGCACUGAACUACCUCCAGACUGACGAUGAGGACGUGGUAAGUUCAGAAGAAGCGGCGUCCACGCACACGCAGCAUACUGACGCUGAGUUUGAGGGGAUGGGAGACUACGAGGAGUCCUUCCUGGCCGAGUGGUGGCAAGAACCCAAAACUAAGUGGGACGCCGGAGAGGUCAAAGAAUGACAUCUGUCCUCGUUUCCUGUGCAGAACGCUUCUUUAUCUGGCUUUCAUGACGACAAACCAAAGAAUGCUGAACUGCUUACAGACAGACGCCGACAUUCCCAACGGUCCAGCAGGAAAAGCACAAGUCGGCCGUGUACUUUCACCCAGCUGAGGAAUAAAAGGACAAACUUAUCCGCCAUGUUGAUCAAGAUCAGAGGUUCUGAACAUCAACAUAUUCUGUCUUGGCUGUCAUCAGCCUUUUAAAACUCUUAUUUUUAUAUGCCUCUAUGCAAAUACCUGUCAAUGACUCUUCUGCAGUUGUUAUUCAAUGAAAGCUGAACCUGUGCCGUGGUUUAAGGAAGGUGACAUGCAGCUGUUCUUACGAUUCCUCAUCCUCCAACUGGGUUGUUGUAAUUUGCUCAUAAUUAAAGUAAUAUUUUAAUAUACUUCUUUUUGGUUUUUUUUGUCACUUAAUGUCAAUAAGUUCAUAAAAAAAACCAGGAAGCUCUACAACCAGUUUAGUUUGACUGAUUUGUGUUUGAUUUUAUAGACAACACAUUAAUUGAUGAUAACAAUAAUUGGCAGUCGACGCCCCUUAAAGAUCCUCAGGUGGUUCAUAAUUCAAGUAAACAAUAUAAAUGUAUAGUUUACACUAUUUUGCUCUUCACUGCUGUUUCGUAAUUUAAAACGAGGAUAAUUCUGAUUAUGUAAAUGUAUUAAAAAUGUCUUUCAGAAGCAGACAACCAAAGCAAAAAAACAUCUAACGAGGUAUCAAAACCAUAAACUAUAAAUUCCAUAAAAGCAAGGUAGCGAGUUCAUUUUGUAAAGUAUUUUUAUUUUCCUUCCAUUUCAAAUCAACUACAAGUAUUAGUCAAUUUCUCUCUUCUGUGUCUAAAAAUAUGGGAUACGACGCAUCUUAUGUUCUUUUUUUGUUUUGUUACCCUAAACUUUAAAACCAAACAGAUUGUAUUUGAUACCAACUCUGUACAUUGUGUAAUAAUAACAAUAGUGCAUCUGCACUUAGUGCAAACCUGACCU